UAACAAAAAGAAAAAGGAAACUUGGGGAGUCUGUAUCUUUAUUGCGUCAAUUGACCUGGAUGAAAUGACGUUCACUUUCACAGAGCUUCUGAAGAGUAUAAGCAUAAGUGUAUGCACGUUUUUUCAGUACCUGAAAGAGGUGGAUGUUAACAUGGAUACUGUAAGCACUAAAGUUGAUAGCACUGUAUCAAGGCUGAAAAAGAAAUAUGAUGUAUUACUUGCACUAUAUCACAAGUUUGAAAGAACUUGUGGCCUUAUUUAUGUGGAGCAACCCAGUAGUGAGGUUCCUGCUGAACUCAAUUCUGUAUUAGUCCUGAAAAACUACUGGAUUACUUUUUUGCUGGCAAAAGGUAAGGUGUUGCAGAUGGAAGAUGACCUGGUGAUUUCUUUCCAGUUGUUGUUAUGCGUCUUAGAUUAUUUUAUCAAACUGUCACCUCCUGCCAUGCUCAAGGAACCAUAUAGAUCUGCUGUGAGCUCAGUGACUGUUAAUGGUUCAGCUCGAACGCCAAGGAGAGGUCAGAACAGGACUGCACGUGCUUCAAAGCAAAUUGAUACAGAUACAAAAGUUAUUGAAGUCCUUUGUAAAGAGCAUGAUUGUAAUUUAGAUGAGGUCAAGAAUGUGUAUUUCACAAGCUUUAUUCCCUUCUUGAAUUCACUUAACAUUGUAGCCUCAAAUGGGCUACCAGAGGUCGAAGUCAUUUCGAAGCAAUAUGAAGAGCUCUACCUUAAAAACAAAGAUAUAGAUGCAAGAUUAUUUCUGGAUCGUGAUGAAACUUUACAGUCGGAUCUCAUAACAUGCUCACAGCUGGAGAGAACACCACGAAAAAACAGUCCAGAUGAGGAACCUAAUGUUAUACUUCCACAAACUCCUGUUCGAGCUGCAAUGAAUACUAUUCAGCAAUUGAUGAUGAUUUUAAACUCGGCAACCGAUAAACCAUCCGAUACUCUCAUCUCGUAUUUCAAUAACUGCACAGUGAACCCUAAAGAAAGUAUCCUGAAAAGAGUGGAAAAUCUUGGCCACAUCUUCAAAAAGAAAUUUGCUGAAGCAGUUGGACAAGGAUGUGCUGAAAUUGGCUCACAGAGAUACAAGCUCGGAGUACGGCUAUAUUACAGAGUAAUGGAGUCCAUGCUGAAGUCGGAAGAAGAACGUCUCUCAGUUCACAAUUUUAGCAAACUUUUGAAUGAUAACAUCUUCCACACAUCUCUUCUGGCCUGCGCUGUUGAGGUUGUCAUGGCUACGUAUGGCAGAAACGCCUCCCAAAACGAUGGUACCAGCACUGAAACGGACUUGUCUUUUCCAUGGAUUCUCAACGUAUUUGAUUUAAAAGCUUUUGACUUCUACAAGGUGAUUGAAAGUUUUAUCAAAGCAGAGCCAAGCUUAACAAGGGACAUGAUAAAGCAUCUAGAACGCUGUGAACAUCGAAUUAUGGAAUCUCUUGCUUGGCAAUCAGAUUCACCUCUGUUCGAUCUUAUCAAGCAGUCGAAGGAACGAGAAGGCCAAGCUGAUCAGCCCGAGCCUGCCUCCACUCUGAACCAGCCUCUGCAGCACAACCACACUGCAGCAGACCUGUAUCUUUCUCCUGUGAGAUCUCCAAAGAAGAAGGCAUCUGGCCCUACUCCCAAUGCUACUUCCCCUCCGGAUGCUCAGGGCACUGCGACUUCCCAAACACAGAAGCCACAGAAAUCUACCUCCCUCUCACUGUUCUACAAAAAAGUCUAUCGCCUGGCUUAUCUGCGAUUACACACCCUGUUUCAUCGGCUUCUCUCUGAGCAUCCCGACCUGGAGCCGCUGAUCUGGACCCUGUUCCAGCAUACGCUGCAAAAUGAAUAUGAGCUUAUGAGAGACAGGCACUUAGACCAGAUCAUGAUGUGUUCCAUGUAUGCCAUAUGCAAAGUGAAGAAUGUCGAUCUUAGGUUUAAAAUGAUAGUUUCAGCCUACAAGGAGCUCCCCAACACAAAUCAAGAGACUUUCAAACGUGUCCUUAUCAGGGAAGAACAGUACGACUCCAUUAUAGUCUUCUACAAUUUAGUGUUUAUGCAGAAACUGAAAACGAACAUUUUGCAGUAUGCCUCCAACAGGCCUCCCACUCUGUCACCUAUCCCACACAUUCCUCGCAGCCCUUACCAGUUUUCCAAUUCUCCUCGGCGUGUCCCUGCUGGAAACAACAUCUACAUCUCGCCCUUGAAGAGCCCCUACAAAUUCUCGGAUGGGUUUCAGUCACCCACAAAGAUGACUCCAAGGUCCAGAAUUCUGGUGUCAAUUGGUGAAUCAUUUGGGACUUCUGAAAAGUUCCAGAAGAUAAACCAGAUGGUGGGCAGCGGCGACGGGCAGCUCAAGCGCAGCGCGGAGGGGAGCGCCGCGCCGAAGCCGCUGAAGAGGCUGCGCUUCGAUAUCGAAGGACAGGACGAAGCCGAUGGAAGCAAACAUCUACCCCAAGAGUCCAAGUUCCAACAAAAGCUUGCAGAAAUGACAUCUACUCGAACACGAAUGCAAAAGCAGAAACUGAAUGAUGGAAAUGAUACCUCAGCCAGCGAAGAAAAGUGAGAUUCCUCUCAGGACAGGGGGCUCUGCUGCAGGCUCCUCUCAGCUUGUUUUUGGUUUUCAGCCUCCAUUAAUUGAGUUGCUUUUUUUAGUUGCUUUUUUAUUCCCAACUGCUAGUUGGAAACAUUUGGAUUUUUUAAAUUUUUAAUGUUUCUCAUGAUA